UUGUAGGCUGUAUUAAAAUGGCACGUCUAAAUCGCUCCAACAUCGUCCCAGGUCUGAAGCGUGCACUAGUGUCCUCCAAAUGUCUUGACGGUGUCGCAUGCAGUGACAACCAGCGUAUUGCAGACUACAGCUUGUUCUUCAACGAACAAACGAAACUGACAAAACCGGCACCUAUUUGGAGGUAUGUAGAACAAAAGAGUAAAACGCCGAUAUCUGGACAAGUAUGGAUGGAUGGAGGAUUCCCAAACAGCAUACAGUUUCCCCUUCUCAAAGCAACGUUAACGUUAAGCGAUGGUAACGAGAUAGAAAUUACGCCCGUUGAGAUGAAACGUGGUCUGCAGUAUACAAGCUCGAAGGGGAUGCCAAAGAUCCGAAGAUGGGUGGAUGAGCUAUACAGGCGUGUACACAAACCUCCAACAAUGGACGCCGGUGGACUCCCCUCAUCCCUCGCCUUGCUACUCACCCCCGGGGGAAGAUAUGGCGUGGUCCAGGCCAUCAGGAUGCUUGUGGAAGAUGGAGGUUGUUUUCUCGCUGAAGAAGUGAUUUACCAGACAAUAAGUCCUACAUACUUACCACGGAAAGUCAGAGGCGUUCCAAUCCGAAGUGAUAAUGAAGGUAUGGACCCUGUCCACCUCAAGCAGGUGUUGUCCGAAUGGGACGAGGGGAGCCAGGGACGGCGUCCCCAUCUAAUGUACAUCGUCCCUAGUCUAAGCAACCCCACGGGGAAGACCCUGAGCGAACAACGGAAGAAGGACCUCUACAACGUUGCCCGAGAGUUUAACAUCCUUAUCUUGGAAGACGAUCCGUACUACUUCUUGCAGAGCUCUCUCGUCCCGAGUUUCCUGUCGAUGGAUACGGAUGGGCGUGUUAUUCGAGUUGACUCAUUUUCGAAGACGUUAUCCCCAGGGUGUCGAAUUGGUAUUGUGUUUGGACCAAAGCAGAUUGUGGAGAAAAUGACAGUUAUCCAACAUCCAAUGACAGGGGGGCCGAACGCAUUAUCUCAGGUGAUUAUCUCUAAGGUUGUGAACACCUGGGGGCACGACAAAUUCCUCAAACACAUGGAAAAGGUGGCUAGCUUCUACAAGCAGAGAAAUGACACACUGAUAUCAUAUAUGGAGAAAUAUCUUACAGGUCUAUGCGAGUGGACCCCCGCGGGCGGUGGGAUGUUUCAGUGGGUGACGUUACUGGGCGUGGACAAGUCCGAGCCGGUCGUUGACAGAUUGAUGGAGAGGGGUGUAUUCGUCAUGGACGGCUCCAUCUUCUCCGUGGACCUAGCAUCACGACCCAACAUCAGGCUCUGCUACUCACGGGUGUCGGACACACAAUUGGAAAAGGCAAUUUCAACAUUAGCUGAUGUUCUGAAGGAACUGAGAGACCUCAAAUGAAAACACGUUUACUCAAAAUGGCAUCUACACUAACUCCUGACAACGAGAUAUGAAACGCAUUCAAGACUUAUGUAUUUAUACACUUUAAUUGAUAUGGGAGAUUAUAAUGAAUAUUACCUGUGUCGAGAUUAUUGGUAGUUGGAUAUCUAUUCGUUUUCAAUGUAAUUUCGGUUGCCAAAUGAAUACAUCAUAUUCUUUGACGUAUCAAAUUCUUUAUUUUGACUUGCACCAAAGGUUCUCGUGGGUUUUUUUCAGGUAAACAAUUGACUUGCCUGUACAUGUGUUUGUGACGGUUGCCACUUUGGGUCAGGAUAGGUUCACCUUUUUGCGAACACAUGUUAUCACCACUAUUUGAUAGUGUUCAUGAUAUAAUCGGAAUCGUACAAUGCAGAGACGUAAGAUUCAACAUCGAAACGUCGCUAUAUAUGCAAUA